AUGGACACACACGUCAAUGUCUGUGCUGCUGCUAGUGCUGGGAACUUCCUCCAUGAGUGCCGCGCACGUACAGUGCGUGUGGAUUCGGCUCUGAAGGGAGCAUCAACCGUAACACCAGGAGCUGUCUCGCCUCCCUUCGUCGCAGGUGUAUCAGCAGGAGAGUCUCAUGCAGCUCUAUGGCGAGAGGCAGCACUGGGCACGCCUCUAGCAAUUGCAGCAGCAGCAGCCGUGGUGAAGUACAGCAGAAUGCAGGGCAAGAAAAGCCUGUUGUUUGUAGCAGCCGCUGUGGCCGUGCUGGUGGUUUUCCCUUGCAAGGUGGUCGCUGCGAACGAGGAAAUCUUAUCGUCGCGGUUUGAGAGUGCUGCAGACGAGGCUGCGGCAGUUGCGCAGCUUAAGGCACAGCAGGAGGCGCAGCAGAAGCCGCAGCAACUGCAGCUGCAGCGAGACGUCGAGUUUGCUCUGCACAAGGGAUGGUGGAAGCUUGCGCAGGAAAUUAUCCUCGAGUCGCAUGCAGUUGGUGUGGAUGUUGGCUCAAGCGUGCGUCGCGUGGUCAUGGAAAUCCGCAACCAUCUACUAGAGGUCGAGAGGCUGCUGAGCAAGCAACACGAUGCCAUAGCCGUGAUGUCGCCUGCGUUUCAAUGGGCCGAGUCGCCUUUGGAUAUUUUCUUGAACAUAAAAUUCGCUUACCGCUGGAGCAGUCCAGGAGCUUUAUCGCUCGAAGAAAGCUCCUUCUCAAGUGAUGCGCAAUCGUUCACCUUCAGCGGCCUUGCGCAGCACUCGGGAGUAAAGCGACAGUAUCGCCUGGAGUUGUCGCUAUUCAAGCAGAUCGUUCCUGAGGCGAAGAUCGCCAACAUGAACGUUUGGCUGGACAUGCGAGAAAAGAUGCAAAAAGACAUUGACGCCUUCCAUGCGGGGAACUACACGGUUCCCGUCGAUGCAGACGUUGACGAGUCGGUGCAGCAGGAGCACCACCAGGCCGAGCAUGCCGGGCAGAAGAAGGAUGAGCUCUGA